ACUACAGAGGAACCGAGACAACAACAGGGCAAAAGCCAGACCUUCGACACAUCUCAAACCAUCAUGAAGACUACCUGCUUGGCUCUUGGGUUAUUGCUGCUGACAGUGUUCCACUCCUAUGCUAUCCGUAAGUUCAUUACGUUUUCAUAAGGACUGUGCAUUAACAGAAGGAUGUAACCCCAGUGGGUGCUUAUAUGCCCUCUUCAUAGGGGCACUUGGAUAGGUUAUCCUUUCAUGAUCUUGAUUAUAUACCUGUAAGAUAUUGUCAUGCUUAUCUUGGCUUGGUUGCCUUAUGGCUUAUGCUAGGAAAUAGUCAUAAGGAUGUUCUAAUUGACCCAUCUUAUCCCCCCACAGCUCUUGGACUGCAGACAUCACCUGACAGCUGCUGUUUCAGCUUCUUCAAAGUGAGAGUGCCCUUCAAUAAGAUUGACUCCAUCAAGAAGACUCACAGUGGCUGCCCCUUAACAGCAUUUGUGUAAGUGUUUGUUCUUCUUCCACUGAUGCCACAGUCCAACAGCACAAAUGCUUAGUUUGAGGCCAAAGCAUUGUCUCAAUUAUGGAAGACUAAAGAACUGGUGACUUUCACUGACUUGCAACAGUCAUAAAAGGAAUAGUACUCCCUGACGAAGGCCAUGCAGCCGAAACGCCUCAGAGUUUUUAAACUUUGUUUACAUUGAACAUGCCAUACAAAUAAAGGCAUUUUAAUUAAUUAUAUGAAGAGUGCCUUGGUCCACCUUUCUUUUUGAGGAUUAGUACCAAUCUGAUUUUUCUCCUUUUCUUUGUACCAUUAUUUCUCUACUACAGGGUCAAAACUGUCAAGGGGAAAGAGAUUUGCUUCCAGUCGAGUGAGCCGUGGGUACAGAAAGCCUUCAACCGGCUUAAGCAGCCAGCAGCUGUGGCCACAGGUAGAGGCAUUGAGGGUAGCAGUUAUCCUUGACAUCCUCGUCAUCAUGACUCAAGCGUCACAAGCUCCAUGA